AACUACAACAUAAUGGCUGUAAAGUAGGUAGAUGGAUAAAUAAAUCAUAUGUUUGUAAGUUAAAUAGGCUGGCGCCGGCGGCCGCCGGCAGUCCGCAAUAUACGAGCUAAACGACUAUACGCCUUUUAUUUACUCCACCGAACAAAUAUUACAGUGGCGACGAGAGAAUUACCUUUGUGCGCGUGCGUUUUAGAACAAUAGUCAAGAUGUCGAUUGGAAAGUUGAGCGAAUUUGACGUGGAAACGGGACACUGGUCAUCCUACGUGGAUAGGUUGGAAAUGUACUUUGUAGUGAAUAAAGUGGCGGAGGAGUUGAAGUUACCUACCUUAAUUUCUAUUAUCGGUGAUGAAGCGUAUGAGUUACUCGUCAACCUAUCGAGCCCAAAGAAACCGUCGGAGUUAAAGUACGGUGAAGCCGUUGGUAUAAUGCGUCAGCACCUUCAGCCGACGCCAUCUUCAUUAGCGGAAAGGUACCGUUUUCGGCAGAAAAGACAGGGAGGGGACGAGAACGUGGCAACCUAUGUCACGGAGUUAAAAAGAUUAGCUCGAAACUGUAAGUUUUCAGAAUAUUUAAGUGAGAGCUUGCGGGACCAGUUCAUAUGCGGACUCAAGAGUGACGUUAUCAGGCAACGACUGUUUGCGGAGGAUGACUCAAUAACAUUUUCACAAGCCGUGAAGAUAGCGAACGCAAUGGAAGCGGCGGAAAGAGACGCAGCAGUAGUGGAUGGAGCGUCCACAUGCAGUUCAAAGGCGGAAGCGGUACAUUUGGUCGCAUCAACCACUGGGGAUAGCUGCGGAGCGAGUCACAGCAAGAGUGAGAGCAGCAUGCGGCCACACAGCCGCCGCGUACCGGGCGACACGGCUGGUGGCGGCGGCGGCGGCGGCGGUAGGCGAGCCGCAAGCCGUGUGGCGCGCCCGUCUACCACGAGUUUCGCAUCGGGACGAAGCAAUAACUGCAUAGCUUGCGGAGCCACUAACCACAGUGUGGCAGGCUGUCGCUAUAGGGAGUUCGUGUGCAGCAAAUGCCAGCGGACGGGGCAUUUACGUCGGGUCUGUCCGGAGAACGACGGACAAUCGUCGCGCGGAACUACAUAUCGUCGCGGCCGACGGAGUGGUAAUAUGUAUUCCGCGGAGGUCGUCAGUGAGUCCGACGUGGAGGACAGCGAAGAGAGUUUAAACCUGAUUGGACUCAAUAAUUAUAAGCCUGUAAGUUUACCUAUUUUUAUAGAUGAUAUAGUGUUAAAAAUGGAGGCAGACACUGGAACGGCGAUUUCAUGUAUAAAUAAUUGUACCUACGAACGUUAUUUCUCACAUCAUAUUCUUAUGAACGAUGAUACAAUUUUAAAAUUUUAUGAUGGUACUAAAAUAAAACCUUUAGGAAUAAUCCGCCCACGAGUUCGAUUCCAAGGGCAGGAAAAAAAUCUAGAAUUGUUUGUAAUAAAAAACGGUACUACAUCUUUAAUAGGUAGGCAAUGGUUAGCAGACCUACAAAUAAAAAUACCUGUGCUUACAUGUACCCGCAAAGGUAUAAAUAGCAUGAAUUUUGUGCAAAUUAAUGAAGGAAUUAAAAAUAUUCUCGACAGAUAUAAGGAGUUAUUCAGCGGCGGACUGGGUCGGUACAGGGGCGGCAAGGCGACGCUGCGAGUGCGCCCGGGGGCGACGCCGGUGUUCCAGCGCGCGCGGCCCGUACCAUACGCGCUGCGCGAGCGCAUCGACGCGGAGCUUGAUGGCAUGCUGCGCGACGGCGUCAUCGAGCCCGUCGACUGCUCCGACUGGGCCUCACCUUUGGUACCGGUGACUAAGGCAGACGGUACGUUGCGGAUUUGUGCGGACUAUAAGGCGACUCUGAAUCCUGCCUUGCUGAUCGAUCGAUACCCACUUCCUAAGAUUGAAGAUGUACUUGUAGGCCUCAACGGGGCACAGUAUUUUAGUAAAAUUGACCUUUCACGUGCGUACAACCAGGUAGAACUAGAUGAUUCAAAAAAAUAUACCGUUAUCAAUACACAUCGGGGUCUAUUUCAGUAUAAUAGGUUAGUUUACGGUUUGUCGUCAAGUGUAGGUAUUUUCCAACGUAUAAUGACAAAUUUAUUGGGCAAUUUACCGAAUGUGCAAGUGUUUCUCGAUGACGUUAUAAUUAGCGGGAAAAAUAAAAGCGAGCAUUUACACGCGCUCGAACAAGUCUUACAGCGGCUAUCUGAGAGUGGGCUAAAGCUAAAGCAAGAAAAAUGUGUUUUCUUGGUUGAUGAAGUGACUUAUUUAGGCUAUGUUGUUUCUAAAGAAGGGGUCAAAGCAGACAAAUCAAAAAUAAAAGCAAUAAGUAAACUAGAAGCUCCCAAUAAUAUUAGCGAGUUACGUUCCUUUAUAGGUAUGGUGAAUUUCUUUUCAAAAUUUAUUAAAAAUUUCAGUUCUAUGUUAGUACCCUUACACAGACUAUUACGAAAAGGUGUAGACUGGAACUGGGAUGAACAGUGUGAGCGUGCAUUUACACAAAUAAAGCAAGCAUUAAUGAGUACCGAAGUAUUAGCACACUACGAUCCCAACAAACCUUUGAUCGUGACGUGUGACGCGAGCGCGCGCGGCGUGGGGGGCGUGCUGGCGCAGCCCGGGGCGCAGGGCGAGCGCCCGAUAGCAUAUGCGUCACGUACGCUUACCAUCGCGGAGAAAAACUACUCGCAAAUACACCGCGAAGCACUAGCAAUUAUAUUCAGUGUACGUAAAUUCCAUCAAUAUAUUUACGGAAGGAAGUUUAUUUUACGCACUGACCACAAACCCCUAGUAUCUAUGUUAGGCCCGCAAACGGGGAUACCUACUAUGACGGCGAGUAGGAUGCAGCGAUGGGCAGUGAUAUUAUCUGCCUACAAUUACGACAUUGAAUAUAUUCGGACGAAUGAAAAUUGUGCUGACGGCUUAUCACGUCUGCCAGAAACCAAUAGCGUUAAAAACGUGAAGGAGGAGUCAAUUCCUGAACAAACAUACCUACAUUUUGCACAAGACGGGUUGUUGCUUGAUUAUAGCCAAAUUAAAAAACAAACGGAGAGGGAUCCGCUUUUAAGUAGAAUUUUAAACUACCUACGAGACGGAUGGUCAGAUAGGUGUGAAAUCGUAAACUUACAACCGUACUUCAAUAGGAAAGCGGAACUGUACGAGGAGUUAGGUUGUGUUAUGUGGGGUCACCGUGUGGUGAUACCGGAAAGAUGUAGGAAUAAGGUUUUAACAAUCAUCCAUGAGCCACAUAUGGGCAUCGUAAAGUCGAAGGCGUUGGCACGCAGUUACGUAUGGUGGCCGGGCAUCGACGAGGCGGUGGAGCGCGAGUGUCGCGCGUGCACCGUGUGCGCCGCGUACGCGGACGACCCGCCGCGCGCCUCCCCUCGCCCUUGGCCCUGGCCCGCCAAGCCGUGGUCUCGGCUGCAUCUGGACUUUAUGGGGCCUAUAGGUGGUAAAACUUACUUAGUUAUAGUAGACUCAACCUCCAAGUGGCUGGAGGUAUUUCAAGUUCCCAGUACUGCAGCGAGUCAUACGAUGAUGAGGUUACGCGAGCUGUGGAGUAGGUGGGGAAUCCCCAGGCAGAUAGUGACGGAUAAUGGACCACCGUUCACUAGUGGUGAAUUUGCACAAUUCAUACAAAGUGACGGUAUCCAGCACAUAUUUACAGCCCCCUACCAUCCCUCAUCCAAUGGGGCCGCGGAAAAUGCAGUUAAGACUUUAAAAAGGGUUGUUAAAAAAGCUAAUUUAGAUAAUAAAAGUGUAGAACAGGCUCUGAACACAUUUUUAUUAUAUUAUAGGAAUACCGAACACUGCACUACGGGAAUAAGCCCAUCAGUCGCACUCAUAGGACGACGGUUGCGAACCAAGUUGGACGUGCUAAAACCCGAUGUAGGCGUUAGAAUACAAAAGGUGCAGCAAGGGCAGGUUGAUUGUGCGGGAGGGACGGAAAGGAGGGUGGAAGUAGGAGACGACAUUUGGUAUCGACAAUAUCUAAAGGGGGAGAAAUGGCAGCCCGGUACUAUAGUUAACUCGACAGGACCAAGCAAUUAUAAGGUACUAGACAGUAACGGUAAACCAGUACAUAGGCAUAUCGAUCAGCUUAGGCGAAGGACAAGGAGUUCGCUAGUGGUCCCCACAGAUUGGUCACGUUCACCAGAAGCUUCGGCUCCUACGUCGCCUCUCGAAGGCAGGUCGGAGCGGCCGGAGGUCUCGGUGGCAUCGUCGCCGCCUCAGACAAACGAUCAGACCGAUCAAGAUACAGUGGCAGAAGAGUUUUCGUCGCCACCGUCUAUACCUGUGCCGCCCCAGUCUCGUCCCAUUAGAAAAUGUAGGUUUAAUAAAGAUGUUAAUUAUAAGAUUUAAUAUUAAGGAUUUAGUUAAGUAUUUAAUUGUUAAAUGUACGUUAAGUAUUUAGUUAGGUAUAAGUUAUGUCUUCAGUAUAUAGAUUAAGUUAGUCACUUGUAGUCAAUUAGUGGUGGAGGGAUGUAAUGUAGGUAGAUGGAUAACUACCACAUAAUAGCUGUAAUGUAGGUAGAUGGAUAAAUAAAUCAUAUGUUUGUAAGUUAAAUAGGCCUGGCGCCGGCGGCCGCCG